UACUAACUAGUGGAAUGCCUUUAUUUACAUUUACUUCUUGUCCAACUUGAAUAAGUCGCAGGUGGAAAUGUCUUUCUGUUCCUUCUACGGCCGAGAGGUUUUUGCGGACCAUUUCAAACCAGGGAUUUACGCAUGUGCUAAAUGUGGCCACCAGCUGUUCUCCAGCCGCUCCAAGUUUGAGCACUCGUCUCCCUGGCCAGCCUUCACAGAGACCAUCCACCAAGACAGUGUGUCCAAACACGAGGAGAGACCUGGAGCCUUCAAGGUGUCGUGUGGAAAGUGUGGAAAUGGCCUCGGCCACGAGUUUGUCAAUGACGGGCCUGCUAAAGGGUUGUCUCGCUUCUGAAUAUUCAGCAGCUCACUGAAGUUCAUCCCAAAAGAUAAGGUUGAUGGACAGUAAAGUGAGCGUUUAAGAGGAAGUGCUGCUGGCCCUGUCGACGUUUCUGGAUGCUGCUAAGUUGUGGACAGCAAAUGAAGCGCUCUGGAGGAAAAGCCCAAGAUGGGAGCACCAGAGUUCUGAUGGACAAUGGCCACACUGCACAGCAGCGACUGCGGAAAAAAAAAGAAUACAAUAUAAGAUCAGAUGGUAUGCAUAAUGGAGACUCCGGAGAGUUGCACUCCUCAACAUUUUACAGUAUCAUUAGUUCAGUUUUUACAUUGGUUUAUAAGUCAUUUAUUGUGUUUAAGGGCAUAAUAUAAACAAUUUUUCAUCCUUCUCAGGAUAUUAAAAGUGUUCUUACGAUGCUGCUUGUAGUUCUAGAAUCCAGGACAUGUAAGAAAAUAGUAAGCAGAAACAUUAAUUGGACUUCUCUUGAUGAGAUAAGAUGGACAACAUUCUAGUUAUCACUCACAAUAUCUAAAUUCUCAAAACUAUAUUAAAUGUUUUAAAAUAAA